CCCUCUGUACCACCUCUACUCCUUCUCCUCUUACGCAAAACACUAUCUAUAUGCUUAAUUUCUAUAUAUCUUUCUCCUCAUUUCACAAACUCCAUCACUUCUUUGCCUUAAUUUACACCAUGAGCUGCUGUGCCUCUUGCAAACCAAAAACCAAAGUUUUGGCUGUAAUUCUUGACUUGGAUGGGACCCUUUUGGACACAGAGAAAGCUUCAAAGGGCAUUUUGAAGGAAUUCUUGGGAAAAUAUGGGAAAAAUGAUCAGGAGAGAGAGGACAAGAAAAGGUUGGGGAUGACACAGAAGGAAUCUGCUGCCGGCAUUUGUAAGGACUAUGCCCUCCCACUCACGCCUGACCAGUAUAUCAAAGAAAUCACACCAAUGUAUCGUGAAAAGUGGCUGCAAGCAAAGCCACUUCCUGGGGCUAAUCGACUUAUCAAACAUCUCCAUAAACAUGGAGUGCCAUUUUCUCUUGCUUCAAACUCCUUACGAGAAUACAUAGAUGCAAAAAUAUCUCUCCAAAGAGGUUGGAAGGAAUACUUCUCAGUAAUUAUUGGAAGUGACCAAGUUAAAUCAGGAAAGCCCUCUCCAUAUCUAUUUGAAGAGGCUGCAAAGAGAAUGGGGGUAGAUGCACCUCAGUGCCUUGUGAUUGAAGAUUCUUUGGUUGGUGUUAAAGCUGCUAAUGCAGCCAAAAUGAAGGUAGUUGCUGUUCCACCGCAUGGUGAAACUGAUUGUGCUUCCCUAGCAGAUUCCGUGCUUCAUUCACUUCUAGAAUUUCAGCCCGAGCUAUGGGGUCUUCCCCCAUUUGAAGACUGGGUAGAUAAUGCAUUACCUAUCGAACCAAUGCAUCUGAGUGGUGUAUCUGUCAGUGGAUCUGUGUGGGAAAUCUCAGAGAACGGAACACUUACUCUUCCAGACCAAGUCUUUGGAUUUUACUUUGGUUGGGCCGAAGUUGAUAUGCAGAAAAGCUUCAAAGUUGUGGUUAGCAUUGGAUGGGAUCACUGUUCCUGUAUCUCCAAGAGAAAAUUUCAUAUAUGCAUAAUUGAUGGAAACAAUGACCAUUUAUCUGAUCAGCAGAUCCAACUCCUGCUUGUUGGUUACCUCCGCGGUUCGAAUAGCAAGGAUCCUACAUCCAUGAAUGUGGAAGAAGUACUCGAGGAAUAUAAGUCCAUUGCAAGUGCUUCAUUGGAUCUGCCUAUGUUUGUUCACCAUGCUUGUGAACCUCUCUUUCCAGAAGCUUCCUCAGAGGACUCCUUUGGCUAUGAUGAGAAAGAAUAAUGAUGUAACCCAUUAUUUAUUUGAUAAGUACUAAAACAAUUUAACACUAAAAGAAAUGUUGAAAUUGAAUAAUUUCUUAUC